AUGCGGGCGCAGGGCGAGCGGGCCGACCCGGGCGGCUACGACCUCGCGUCCCUGGCCGCGCUGCGCCUCGGCGACCCCGCCGGGGUGCCCGAGUUUGUGGGGCCCGUGGAGGCCGCCUUCGUGGCCGGCAAGGGGCGGGGCCUGGUGGCGGCGCGGGACUGCGAGCCGGGAGAGCUGCUCCUCGUGAACAGGCCCCUCGCGGUGGGCCCCGCCGCGUCGCUCCUGCGGGGCACGCUGCGGGCGCUGGCCGGGUGCUCGGAGGAGGAGCGCGAGGCCGGCGGGCGGAAAGCGCGGGCGCGCGCGGCCGCGCCGCCCGGCACCGUGCAGGCCAUCCUGGACGCCAACGCCCACAAGCUCGACUCGCCGGGGCCCGGGGCGCCGCGGCCGCCCAGCGAGGCGGCGGGCUCCGGGCUGUUCCUGCUGGGCUCCCUGGUGAACCACUCGUGCAGGCCCUCCGCGGCCAGGGUGUUCUUGGGGGACACGAUGUUCGUGCGUGCGGCGCGGCGCCUGCAGAAGGGCGACGAGAUCACGGACAGCUACGUGUCGGUGAUGCAGCCCGCCUUUGAGCGUCGCGCCGCUCUCGAGGCGCGGUUUGGGUUCCGCAUCGCCGACGACCGCUGCCUGGUCGAGGACGCCCUGCUCCCGGAGCCCGUCGCGCAGCCCCUCCUCGCGAGGCUGGACGGCGCGCUCGCCGCCGACGUGGAGCAACUCGCCUGGGACCGCGUGGCGCUGCUGGGCGCCGGAGCCGUGCCCGCGGCGGCCGAGGAGGCGGCCGGCAGGCUGGGGCCAGGCGUCGCGUGGAUGCUCUGCGGGGCGUUCAUGCCUGCGUUCGUGGGCCUGGCCGUGCUCGCGGAGCAGGAGUGCCUCCACGAGCGGGCCGCCCGCGCCUACAGCCGCUGCUGCUGCUUCAUGGAGGAGCUCGCGCCGCACAGCGCGUACCACUCGGAGUGGGCCCUCGCGGCCCUGCGCGCCGCCCGGGCGGCCUCGCUGCCGCUGGGCCCCUUCGUGCAGUACGCGCGCAGGGUCCUCCGCUGCCGCCACGGCCCCGGCGCGCUCGACGUGGCAGCGGCGCGCGGGGGCGGCCUCCCGACGGCGGCGGAGCUGGCGGCCGAGCCCGGCGAGUCGCCGCUGCCCCCAGGCGCCCUGGCCUGCGAGGUGACGCGGCGGCCGGACGCCCUCCACGUGUCUGUGGGCACCGGGGAGGCCGAGUCAGCGGAGGAGGUGCAGGUGCUCGUCAGCGCCCUG